UCGAAAUGCGCCACCCCGCCUAUCUUUACAUACAACCACUGCUGCCUUGAACCUUCCGCUUUCUCCUGAUCGCCGAGUCUCAACCUUCUUAUAUUUCUAUCCGUUGAACCCUCCGCUCCAAAGUUCAAGAUGGCCUCGUCAAAAGUGUUUUCGCUGGAGGGCAAGGGGCUGAAGUUGGACACUGCCGAAGACAUUGCUCCUCAUAUCGAAGCCUUGAAGAAGAAUGACGAUGUGGAAGAGAUCCGGCUUCUGGGUAAUACGCUGGGUGUAGGCGCUUGUGAGGCCCUCGCCGAAGUCCUGAAAACGAAAAGGAAGCUCCAUACUGCCAACCUGGCCGACAUCUUUACAUCCCGCCUCCUCUCUGAGAUCCCUCCGGCACUCUCAUUUCUCCUUGACGCCAUCCUCACCCUCCCGAAUCUGCACACCAUCAACCUCUCCGACAACGCCUUCGGACUCAACACCUCCGCCCCCCUGAUCACCUUCCUAUCCGCCCACGCCCCUCUCGAGCACCUCUACCUCAACAACAAUGGCCUCGGCCCCGCUGCCGGCGCCAUGAUCGGUGACUCCCUCGCCAUCCUCGCCGAGAAAAAAAUCGCGACCGGCGCGCCCACCCUCAAAACGAUCGUCUGCGGGCGCAACCGGCUGGAGACGGGCAGCAUGGAGGCGUGGGCGAAGAUGCUGGAAAGCCACGCCAAGCAUGCAGAGGGGAAGGGCGAUGGGAAGGGUAUGCAGACGGUACGGAUGGUGCAGAACGGGAUCCGGAAGGAGGGGAUCGAUGUCUUGCUGCGGAAGGGCUUGAAGCACUGCCGAGAUCUCAAGGUCUUAGACAUGCAGGAUAACACCUUCACGGAAUUGGGGUCCAGGGCAUUGGCGAACGCGGUGGAUGGUUGGGCGGCGCUGACGGAGCUUGGAUUGAGCGAUUGCUACCUGACGUCAAAAGGGGGGAAGCCGUUCCUUGCGAAGUUGGCCGCGGGGGGCCUUCCGAAUCUCGAGGUUUUGAAGAUGCAGUACGGGGAGAUGGACGCGAGGACCCUCGCGCCGCUGGCGGAUAUCGCCGAGAACAAGCUGGGCAAGUUGAGGAGGGUCGAGCUGAACGGCAACCGGUUCGGCGAGGACGACGACUUCGUAGAGAAGCUAAGAGGGGUGUUGGAGGAUCGUAAGGAGGCUGCUGGGGGGGAGUGGGGCGAGGAUGAUUGGGGGUUGGACGAACUGGAUGAGCUGGAAGAGGAGAGCGAGGAGGAAGAAGAGGAGGAGGAAGAGGAGGAAGAGGAAGCCGUCAGGGAAACGGAGGUGAAGAGGGCCGAGGAAGCGGAGGAGCAGAUGGUCGCGCAGGAGAAAGACAAGGCUGUGGACGAGCUUGCGGAGAAGCUGGGCAAGACCGGUUUAUCAUAGAAUAUGGUGUCCGUCGACUUGGGUUGGAGCAGAUCCAGCGUGGAGAUGAUACCCUGGAAGAAGCAUACUAGAAUAGCGAGUAAUUUUAUCUGCCUUUGCUAUAAUAUUAGAACAAUGAAGAACCUGUGUCUAACGCUAUGCUAAAUUUCCUAGACUGGCUAUAGGUAAAUAUCGG